CACGACGUCAGCUGCAUUCUGACCUGGGCCUUGAGACCGAGAUUAUCCGAGGGACAGCCAAUGGACUGCAAGCCAUUCCACCUUGCGUGGCUACUAAUAGGACAAUAAAGGACAAUAAAGGACAAGGGGAAUGUUAGCCAACAUCUACCAGUAUCCUGUUUGAUCUCCCGUCAACUACGCUGAGCUUCACACGCCAUGGCCACUCAAACGGAGUCGGUAGUAGAAGUACCCCUAACCAAAUCCACGAAGCCUCUGGAAACGUAUGUUCAUCCUCCCGAGUCAAAGCAAGACUUGAAAUAUGCGGACUUGGUCACAAUUGAUCUGUCGGAGUUUGAUCGCCCUGGCGGAAAAGAGAAGCUCGCAGCACAGCUAAAGCAGGCUGCUCACGAAGUUGGCUUCUUCUACGUAACCAAUUUCGGUCUCACUCAAGAACAAAUCGACCGGCAGUUCGCCAUCGCGAAAGAGUUCUUCUCGCUCCCAGAGAAAGAACGACUGAGUUUCCGCGCCCCCUUAGAAGAGGGAAUCUACAAUGGCUACCGACCUCUGGGUUCGAUUGAGAUCCUGCCCGGACUGCGCGACAACAUCGAAUUUUACAACAUCAUGAAAUUCCUUCCCCAGUACGAUCGGACUCACCCAGACGUAGUGAGACGCUACUGGGAGGAAAUCGAGCAAUUCCACCGCCACUGCCACGAGCAUAUUGCGUAUAAACUUUUCCGGCUGCUGGCAAUCAUUCUGGAACUCCCAGAAGAUCAGCUUGUGGACGGACAUCGCUAUGAGGCCGAAUGCGACAGCGGCCUCCGCUACAUGUGUUACCGGGCCCGCUCACCGGAAGAGAACGAGAAAUACAAGCAUCUCUACUCCCGUGGACACACGGACAACGGCACCAUCACCUUUGUGUUCCAGCAGCCCGUCGCCGCCCUCCAGGUCAAGAAAUAUGACGAUUCGGAAUGGGAAUACCUCCCGAUCCGUCCAGGCACACUAUCAGUGAACAUCGCCGAUAUCAUGACCAUGCUGUCGAAUGGAUGGUUGAAGAGCGGCGUGCACCGCGUGAUCGUACCCCCUGAGGACCAGCAACACCACGAUCGGCUGGGACUCCUGUACUUUGUGCGGCCAAGCGAUCGCUUGAAAUUGAAGAGUGUGGAUAGCCCGUUGCUUCGGAGAGAGGGGUAUCAUAAAGAUACCACCGACAUCGAUAUUCCGGCUCCUGAGUGGACCCGGACGAGGAUCAAGAAGAACUGGACUAGAUCUCCCACCGAUUUGGGGGAGAAUGUUACUCUGGGGGGAUUCAAGGCGAAGGUUUUCUAUGAAUAAUUUUAACCUGUCCUCCUAGCCUCCCCUCUAUGAAAUAUACUCCGUUUCUGCUUCAACUCUUCCAGGACCAAUUUGGGACUCUCCUUAUCGCGAAAACUAGAAACCUCUUUGGACAAGUGAUUCGAGAAACUUGCUCAACUGACCGCUUGUAAGCUG